AUGGCACAAUCCUUUAAUAAUCCAUGGGAAACAGAUCCAAUAAAAUUCUCUUCACAAAUUUCAGAAAUAUGUUUUCAAAAAUAUCAAACAAUUGGUAAACAAGGAAAACCUUUACCUAUUCAAAAUAAAUUGGAGUGGACAAUACUUGCGGGUAUAGUGGCUUGUUUUUGGGAUGAUGCGAGAGAAAAAUAUUAUUUGGAAUGUGUUUCAUUAGGUAAAAUUGGAGAUAUAAUUCAUGAUAGUCAUGCAGAAAUAUUGACUCGAAGAGGAUUUAUCAAGUUGAAAUUAGCUAUAAGAUCAGAAUCAAAAUAUUUUUGCAUGAAAAAUGAACAUUCACCAUUUAUUUUAAAGAAUUCUUCUACAUCUUUUCAUAUGUAUAUAAGUCAAGCUCCUUUUGUUAAAAUAAAAGAUGGAUUUCGAAAAGGGAGAAUAGAUUAUAAUUCUUAUGGAGUGUUAAGGACGAAACCUGCACAAUGGAAUGUAGUAGGGUUACAAUCUGCUCUACUUUCAGAAUUAAUAUCACCAAUUUAUUUAUCAUCAAUUAUUGUGGGUGAUAUGUUUUCUCAAAAAGAUUUAAAUCGAGCAUUUUAUGAACGAAUUCAAAGUUUAACAAAUUUACCAAAUGGAUAUUUAUUAAAUAAACCCACAAUUAUUCCUUCUACAAUGAAAUUUGAAAGGUCCAAAAGUUUUUUGGCUGAAUCUUUUCCCGGUAAAAAUUUAAUUUCAUUAAAUAUAGCAACUGUGUGGAUCAAAGAUUGGAUUUCAGCAGAAAUUCUUAUUUCUGGUAGAAAACAGGGAGCUACUAAAUCCAAAAAUACUGGUUUAUAUUCUACUAAAACUAGGAGUUCAUUUACAAAAUUAAAUCUUUUUCAAAGUAUUGAAUUAUUACUAAAUAAAAUCCCUAAUAAUAACAUUCCUUCUAAAUUAAGACCAUUUAUAGAAUCUCCACAUAAAACUUAUACUUAUUACAAAUUCAAGCAGUUAUGUGAAAAUUAUCAGAUUGCAAAACAAACAUUGAGAUUUCAACAUUUUUGUCAAUGGAUAAAAUGUCCAUAUGAGAUUUAUGAAUCAUUUAAUGUCAAUGGGGAACUAAUUAGUGGAUAA